AUGGGCCGCAACACUGGUAGCGACGAGAACAAGCUGCGGGGUUACAAGGCAGCAACCCACAACCCCCGCGUCUCAAACGAGGCCAAAGCCCACGCCCAACAAGAAGCCGAGAAGCUCUCCAAUUAUGCCAGCGACGAUGACCGCCACGACGAGAACGUCAAGCGUGGACUGAAAGCUGCCAUGCAUAACCCUCGCGUCUCUGAGGGUGGCCGUCGCGGUGCGAAGGAUAGACUUAAUGAGAUGGGUGAGCCUGCAGAGUAA